GCGGGGCGGCGCAGCGGCGCGGCGCAGCGCGGCGGCGCGGGGAAGGGGGAGGCGAGCCGCCCGCCAGCCGAGCACUUUCAGCGAGCGAGCUAGCUAGCGGGCCGCGCGGCGCGGGGGAGGAGGGCUCGCCCCCCGCCCGGCCCGAGCGGAGCCUUUUGUUCCCAGUCAGAAGUUUGCAUGCCGGGACCGUGACAGCUGCGGGCGGGGAGGACGGCGGGGCCGCGGGGCCGGCGGCGUGGUGGAGAAUAGAGGCGGCUGCUUGUCAUGCAGCCCACGGUGUGGCGGCUGCGGGCCGGGGACUGGCGGCGGCGGGGGAGGCGGCGCCCACAGCACUCGGGACUCAGCUGCCGGAGGGACAAACUAACUUCCUGAGUGCGGGACCUGAGGCCGGCGCGGCCGGGAGCCACCUGCAACCUGCGGUGAGGCGACCCUGGCCCUCGGGGCGCUUGGCAUGGCGCGGGGAAGCGGGCCGUGCUGAGCGAGCCCCUCCGACAGACCCGCGGCCGCUGCUGCCGCCUGCCCUCCCGCCCGCCUUUCCGAGGGCCUGGCGCGGGGCUCGGCUCGCCUUGUUUUGCAGCCACAGCGCAGGGUUGGCCUGGGAGCCACAACAAUGCCAUGAUGUUUUGGAGACAGGAAGCCCCAAGCUGGCCCCGAAUGAAGGACUUCCUGUGUUUAAAGUUGCAGGAAUAUCCGCCGACCAUCCCAGUUCAAAUGCAAACACGCCAGCUAGGAAGGACGAAUGGCUAAUUCAGACCAGCUGGACUCUCCAGGGCUGGAACUGAGGAUAAAAUGAAAGGAAUUCUUAGGAGCUUGGGCCAUACUUGAAGACUAGAGAAGCUGUGCCAUUGUUAUUAAAGGAUACAAUCGGCAUAAAUUUGCUGCUCCCAACUCUGCUUCGUUGAGAAGUGAGUGGAACUAGAUAUCGAAAAAAACUUGUCAAUAUGAGAUGAUUUUUGUUGACUGAAUUUGAAAGAGCAGUGCUCUUAAAAAAAAAAAAAAUUAAACCAUAAGCCAUACAAGAAAUUAUUUUAAAUUAUAUCGUGUCUCUGUCAACUAUGAGGCUGCUAGCCUGUGAGGAAAAAGCUGUUUUGUCUUAGAGCUUCUCCCAGAAUGAUUUCAAAACGGGACUUCCAGGCUUUUCUGGAGGGCAGAUGCAGUUGGUGGUUUAGUUGUAUGAACAACUAAAGGGAUUUAUAACUUAUGUAGAAUGCGUUUGGGGGGAACCUGUGAAAAAUACUUUUGAAAGAUUGAUGGUUCAUCUUGAUUGAAAAAGGAUGGGUAAGCCACUCAGCAGACCAGACUGUUUAAGGCGGAACCCCACCUGCCUGGGGAAAGGAGAGGAGGAGGAUGGCUACAUAGAGGACUGCUAUGUUCCACAAAGGUCUAUAUAUGAUACAAUGAGGAUAAAUGAGCAAAUUGACCAGGGUUCAAAGCUUAACCAGACUUCAAAAAGCACCAUGGAAAAGAUGGAAGGAAGUACUAUAUCCAGCAAUGGUACAUUAGGAGCAGCAUCUAAUGUUUUUGAAUCUAGAGCACCAGAAGGUAAGAAGCUGGAUGAGAGGAUAAUAUUUGAUGCACUGAAGCUAAGCAGUGAUGUGCAGAAAUCAGCACCUGUGCCACCCAGAAGGCGGCCAAAUGCAGAACGCAAAGACAAUGUUAACAGGAGAUCGUGGAAGUCCUUCAUGCCACCCAACUUCCCAGAAUUUGCAGAGAGGAUAGAAGCCUCUCUCAGUGAGGUGUCAGAAGCUGGUGCUUCAGAUCCUUCCUUGCAAGAGAAGAAGGAGUCCAGUUCUGCAUUAACAGAAAGUUCUGGUCAUUUGGACCACAGGGAACCUCAGUCAGAGUCAGUAACUCUGGAACAUGUGUCCAAAUCCCUAGGUAUUCCAGAGGUGCAAGAUGUAAAAAACUUAAGUGGAGACUGCCAGGACUUUAGAUUUCAGCAGCACAGUGCAAACCCUCCCCAUGAAUUCCAGCCUCUAGAAUCAGAAACUGCAGCAACAAGUGGUAACACAGAUGUAAUGCAGGAAUCCAGAUUCUCAAGUGCAACCUGGCCGAGGGCCACAAAAAGUUUAGCUAAAGGAGGCUUCAUUGAGAAGCAGCACCCCCUUGGGGACACAGCCUGCACUGUGGAAAUGCCACCUCUCUCCCCUUGCCUGAGUGAAGAGCUGUUAGAUCCAGAAUUGCAUGUUCUCAUAACCCCCAGCCUAAGAGAGAAAACAGAGUCUGAGCUAAAGUUUGAGGAGGAUGAGCGAUGGAUCAUGAUGGAGGCUGAGGGAGAGUGGGAGGAAGAGAAACUGUCAGAGAGGGAAAAGACUUUUCUGAUGGCAGAUGAGAAGAACAGCCUGGCAGAUAUUUUUGAAGAAAGAGAACAAGAAAACACAGCAGUGGUGGAGGAUGGAUCCGAUUGCUUAGCUGCUGUCUUGAGGACUUUUGGCCACCUAUCUCUUGGUCAGAUUUGUUGCCGUGAUGACCCACAGCCAGCCAAGGACCAGUUGGCUACUGUUCCCAAGGAUAUACCCCUGGAUUGUGAUUGUGUUCUUACAGGUGAGGAUAUUCUUGGUGAGGUGGCAAACAGAACUGCUCAGGGGCUAGAGGGUCUUGUUUCAGAUUCAGCAUGUACUGUGGGUCCUGUUGAUGCAGAACAGCUCUCUGACACAGACUCAGUGCAGAUGUUUCUUGAACUUGAAAAGGAGUGUUUAUGUGAAGAAGGAGUAACUCCUGUAGUUGAGCUACAGAAUCAAACCUCUUCUGAAGGGCUGGCUGUAUCCCAGGAUGCAGAAAAUUUACUUGUAAUUAGUCAUAUUCCAGGAGCUGCCUUAGAAAAGGAACAGCAUUUAGGCCUUUUACAUGUAAGGGCAAAAGACUAUGAUACUGGAUUGGAUUGUGGAUAUUUUAAUACCCUGGAUUCUUCUCAGGUGCCUAAUGCUGUGGAAUUUAUUGCCCACGUUGAUAUCAUGAGAGAGACUUCCACUGUUAGCAAGGAGGAAUGUGAAAAAGUGCCUUUUAACCCCAGGACUGCAGAAUUUAAGUCCACACAGCCAGCUGAUCUGGAUUCACUGGAAAAGCUGGACCCAGGGGGACUGCUGAACUCUGAUCACAGGGUUUCUCAUGAAGAAAAAUUAGCAGGCUUCGUUGCUUCUGUACUGGCCAAAGACAAUGGCAAUUUGUCCCAGGGAGACUGCAGUCAAACUGAGGGGAAUGGUGAGUGCAUUGAGAGGAUCACCUUCAGUUUUGCUUUUAAUCAUGAACUAACAGAUGUUACCUCAGGAUCUGAAGUAGAGGUAUUAUAUGAAUCAAAUUUACUAACAGAUGAAAUUCAUUUGGAAAGUGGGAAUGUAACUGUUAAUCAAGAAAAUAACAGUCUGACGUCGAUGGGCAAUGUGGUCACUUGUGAAUUGUCCGUGGAGAAAGUUUGUGAUGAGGACAGUGAGUCAAAAGAGCUGGAUUAUCGAGCCAUGCUUUUGGAGGAUCGAACCCCAGCACAUUUCCACGGAAACUUCCCAGAGCAGGUCUUCCAGGAUCUCCAGAGGAAGUCCCCAGAGUCAGAGGUUUUGAGUCUACACCUGCUGGUUGGAGAAAUGAGACUUAAUCCAGAUGGAGUGGAAACUGUGAAUAAUACAGAGCCUGAGCUGAAUGUGGCAUCAUCAGAGGGAGGGGAGAUGGAAAGGAGAGAUUCGGGUUCAUUCCUAAAUAUUCUUCCAGAGAAACAAGUUACUGAGGCUGGUACUACUGAAGCAGUUUUAGAGGAAUGGAGACCCAUCCUCCAGAGGCCUUCCUGGACGGCUGCAGUGCCCACUGGCGAAGAUGCCCUAGAUGCUGCACUGCCCAGCCCAGAGGAGGAUAUCUCAAUUGCUGCAGUGCCUGCCCAAGAGGGAACUGAUGGAGCUGCUGCUGUAGUGCCCUUCCCACAUGAGGACAUCCUAGUUGCUUCAGUAGUCUCCUUAGAGGAGGAGGAUGUCAUAGCUGCUGCAGUAUCAGCCCCAGAGAGGGCUACUGUCCCAGCUGUUACAGUGUCUGUCCCUGAAGGGACUGCUGCAGUUACUGUGGUGUCCUCCCCAGAGGAGACUGCUCCAGCUGUUGCAGUGGCCAUCACACAGGAGAGUAUGUCAGCUGUUGCAGGGUUCUCCCCAGAGUGGACUGUUCUAGCUGUUGCAGUACCCAUUGCAGAGGAGGAUGGUACACCAGAAGGGCCUGUCACCUCAGCUACCACAGUGCAUGCUCCUGAGGAGCCUGAUAUUGCAGCUGUUAGAGUGUCCACUCCAGAGGAGUCUGUCACCCCGGCUGCUGCAGUGCACACCCCAGAGGAGCCUGCCUCCCCAGCUGCUGCAGUGCCCACCCCAGAGGAAUCUGCCUCCUUUGCAGCUGUGGUGGCCACCCCAGAGGAACCCACUUCCCUGGUAGCUUCAGUGCCCACCCUUGCAGCUAUGAUGACCACCCUAGAGGAACUCACUUUCCUGGCAGCUUCAGUGCCCAACCCAGAGGAGCCCGCCUCCCCAGCAGCUGCAGUGCCCACCCUAGAGGAACCCACCUCCUCAGCAGCUGCAGUGCCCACCCCUGAGGAGCCUGCCUCCCCAGUAGCUGCAGUGUCCAACCUAGAGGAGCCCACCUUCCAAGCAACUGCAGUGCCCACCCCCCAGGAGCCUGCCUGCCCAGCAGCUGCAGUGUCCAACCUAGAGGAGCCCGCCCCAGAGGUGCCUGCCAUCUCUGCUGCUUCAGUGCCCACCCCAGAGGUGCCUGCCAUCCCAGCUACUGCAGUGCCUCCUAUGGAGGAAGUUUUCCCCAUUGGUGUGCCCUUCCUGGGAGUUUCUGCCCACACUGACUCAGUGCCUAUUUCAGAAGAAGGAACUCCUGUUCUAGAGGAGGCUUCCUCCACUGGAAUGUGGAUCAAGGAGGACCUUAAUUCUCUAGUAUUUGACGUAAAAGAGGUGACCAGCACAGUGCUACAUGUGAAAGUGCCGCUGGCUGCAACCACUGGAUUAAAUUCAGAUGAGGAAGAAGUAUACAUUGCACUUACCUGUACAGCAUUUUGAGGUUGAUGCUUUUCUAUUCUCC